CCAGCUCCUCCUCCAAGGGGGUUGCACUCUGAGCCUCUCGUAGUCCUGAUGAACCAUUUCGCUUUCCUCAAGUGUAUGACACUCAGAACUUCAGCAGCGGGAGGCUUCGGCACUUUGGGACCGGCCAGCAGUGUGCAGAGUUCGAAGUCCUGAGAGACAAGAGAUCGAAAUGGCUUCCAGAGGAAAGACAGAGACAAGCAAAUUAAAGCAGAAUCUAGAAGAACAGUUGGAUAGACUAAUGCAGCAAUUACAAGAUCUGGAGGAGUGCAGAGAGGAACUCGAUACAGACGAGUAUGAAGAAACCAAAAAGGAAACUCUGGAGCAGCUAAGUGAAUUUAAUGAUUCCCUGAAGAAAAUCAUGUCUGGAAAUAUGACUCUGAUCGAUGAACUAAGUGGAAUGCAGCUGGCUAUCCAGGCAGCUAUCAGCCAGGCCUUUAAAACCCCAGAGGUCAUCAGGUUAUUUGCAAAGAAACAACCAGGUCAGCUUCGGACAAGGUUAGCAGAGAUGGACAGAGAUCUCAUGGUAGGGAAGCUGGACAGAGGCCUGUACAUGCAACAGAAAGUGGAGAUACUAACAGCUCUCAGGAAACUUGGAGAGAAGCUGACUUCGGACGAUGAGGCCUUCCUGUCAGCAAAUGCAGGUGCUAUACUCAGCCAGUUUGAGAAAGUCUCCACAGACCUUGGCUCCGGAGACAAAGUUCUUGCAUUGGCAAGUUUUGAAGGAAAAAACAAAGAAAUGACAUGGUGUGGAGGCUUGAGACACUGAUCACAUUCUUGCUGUAAAUGGCAUUUGUCUUCUAGGGGUUUUGAAUCAUUGCAAAGAAAUCAACAGAUUCUUGAAAUGCACUGAUAACCUAAGAAAAGGUGACAGGAAAACAUACUUGUGGCUUCUGGUUAUACCCUUCAUCAUUGUGCUUUGUGUAGGGCUGCCCGCCUCAGUCAUCCCAGACUUGUUGGGAUGAGAGACCCGUUAGACCUUAUUCAUUAUGGCUUGUGUGUUUCUUUAGAGAGAACAGAAAACAGUUUCUCUGCCUGUUUUUAUUAAGCUUCCUUGUUUUUAAGUGCUGACAGUAAAUGAAAAGAUGUGAACUAAG